UGUAGAGUAGAGACGGAACAGGUUUUCAGAGGAACCUCAGGUCCUGAGCUGGGUAGGUUAGGCUGGUUAGGCUGUAAAAUAAAGAUCAUAAAGAACAUAAAAAUAAUAAAAAAGACCAAACCUAAAGGAGUUAAUUAUCUGAUCAGACGAGGGCAUUUCUGUUUCAGACACAUUUAUUCAUUUUCCCGGAGGAUUUAUUUAUUUAAACAGGCUGGAUCCUUCUUAUAUUAACCCGGAGAGGAGUGUACAGGCUGCGGGGAGGAGAGGCGGAGCGGCUGCGGGUGGAGAAGGCUCCGCUAACGGGGGUCAUGCUCUGAGCUGUGGGGGUCGCGCUGCUGCUGACCUCCGUCCGCCCACCAGGAUGAUGGCGAGUUCAGGGCUCUGUGGAUGGAGCUGCAGGACGAAGAAACUUCUGAACGCUGUCCUGCUUUUUGUUCUUCUGAUUCCGGCAGGGAGUUCACAAACACCACCUCCAUCACCACCACCAUCAUCUUCAUCACCACCAUCAUCACCACCAUCUUCAUCACCGUCACCAUCAUCGUCAUCACCACCACCAACAACAACACCAUUAACAUCACCAGAAACUUCAUCAACAGUGACAACUGUUACUACAGAAACUACAAGAACCACGUUAACGAGCACUCCACCUCAAAAAACCGCACACUCCUCCCUGCCAUCAACUGUGACAUCCACCACAACUGUUGGAUCCAUAACUACGCCUAUUUCCAGUGCACCACAGAACUCCACAGUUUCAUCCAUCAAUGUCUCAUCAUCUUUACCCUAUCCAGAGUCAUCACUUCCAUCCACAACUGACACCACCAUUUCAACUCCAUACACAACUCUACACCCGCUCACAGCAUCUGAUUCACAUACUACAAAUGGAACAAGUACAUCCACAUCAGCAGCAGCAGCAAACACAAGCACAGACAUUUCUAUCACUUCGCCGGCCACAGCUAGCACUUAUCCUACAGCAGGUACAGAGACCACAGAUCAGACAGACACAUACACAACGUCUACUGCUGCCCAGAAUACAACAGUGGCUACGCCCAUCCCUUGCAACUUCACACAGGACUGUGGUGAUCAGUCUGUGUACUUUUGGAUGAUGAUCAGUGUUGAAGUAACAGGAAAUUUGACUGAUGAGUCACACAUUAAUGAAUGGCUCCAAACUCUGUUCCAGCAGCAUCUCGGUGAGUGUAGCUCUACUGCUAAUGCUACCUCUGCCACUCCAACAUCAGUACCAUUAACAUCUACCCCCCCGCCCUCUGAGCUCAGCACUCUGUCAGACAUCAACACCACAGCAACCACAUCUGGCAACUUCAGUUCUACUCCUGAUACACAGAACGUCAGCACAGUGACUGAGGUUCAGUUUCAAAACUGGACGUCUGUAAGCAGUUCAGUAAAAGAAAAUGAAACGGCUACCAGCCCCUUUCAACAUGUUGAGGUCAUGUGUGAUGAGAAGACUGAAAUAAGGAAGACUUUGUGCACUGUACUGCUGCAGUUAAGUCAGGUUGCCAGUCCAUGCUGUAUCGCGCGCAUUGUGAACAUAGUUGAAAUCAACUCCACCAUACAGGGCCAGGUGAUUGGAAACCAAGUGCAGAGAGUGGCAAAAGGGAUUUGUCACGGUAAUGAUUCAGCCUCUACAGCUGGAAACUUUGAGAAGUGUAACGGUUCUCUCAGUGUUUCCUGUCAAUCAAAUGCCACAACUAACAUCACAUGCAGUGGGAGCAGUGAAAACGUCUACGUCUCUUUGGAUGCUCAGGACCAGACAAACUGCAGCUCUAGUUAUGGCAAUCAAACUAAUUACUGUUACUGUUCUGCCUACUGCAACAGCACCGCUGCAUAUUACAGUUUGAACAUUGUUGGUAAAAAUUCCAGCAUUAAUGUGGAAUCACUCAAAUUACUGAUUCAUAAUUUAUUUCAAAAACCACAGUGUAACAUCAUCAAUGCCUCUGUGUGCAGCCUGUGGCAUAAUGUUUCAGACAUCUAUCAAAAUUCAACUGCACAGUGUGAUAUAAAUGCAAGGUGCAAUGUCAUUGUGAAACUGAAGCAUGCCAUAGACGUGUGUUCGGUCAGAACAGCGUUGAUGAGUGCCUUCCAGCUUCAGAGUACCAUGGAGAUGAAUGGAUCUGUCUCUAGAGUGGCCAUAUGUAGUUGGGAAAAUAUACCAAACCUCAAUUUUCUACAACAAGGAAGAGUGUCUGUUAACCUCGACGCUUCUGAAUUCUGCAUGGUGACGAACUUAGACAGUCUUCUGAAUUACUGCACAACAGGAACAAAUGUAGCUGUAAUUCUGACAGAGAACUGUCCCAAAAUCCCAGUGACAGUCCCGUCUACUACCCCGUCACCAUCAUCAACAACUGCAGUCUCCAGCGCUAGCACUACAGUCACCGUGACCAGCACGACUGAUAAUAAUACAACUACACUCCAGAAAUCCACCACUCCUUCGGUGACAACAGUGGCUAAUAUAACCAGCAACACAACUACCCUGAACACCACUGUUCCAGGUGUUCCCAACAUUCCAACAUCUACAGCAACAACAGUUACAACAAUCACAGUCAACACCACAGCCUCUACGACCUCCUCAGCGAGUGCAGAGCUGGCAGCUGAAGGUCUGCUGAACCAGAGCAAGAACGUUUCAGCUCUGAACUCCACUCAGGUGGAGAAUCUGGUGUCUCAGCUAGAGCAGCUUCUCUCAGGGCCUAACGUCAGCCUGGCUCUGGGGAACACCACUGUCAACAUCGUCAGCAAUCUGCUGGAUGCACCCAGUCAGGCACUGGGAACCAGUUCAAACAGGAUCAUUGGAUUAGUGGACACUGUUGGUUUGAAGCUGGUGGUUCAGGGACAGUCUCAGAGUAUUCUCUCUCCUGCUCUGGCUCUGGCAGUGAAAACUGUUGGGGCUGAGUUUCAGCAGACCACGUUCACCAUGACAGACUCCUCCAACCUGCAGAUUGGCGGUUCUAUGUCCAGGAGAAGUGUGGACACCACAGUUCUGCCUCCUCAGGGUUCCAUCAUUCUCCCUUCCUCUCUACUGAGCACUCUUACUCCUCAGCAGCAGCAGAUGGUCUCUAGAGUGCAGUUUAAUUUCUAUCAGAAGAGCACUCUUUUCCGGGACAGUGCUUUAGACCCGAAUGAGACCACACUGAUCAGCGGAGUUCUGGGAUCCAGUGUGGCGAACCUUUCUAUCUCCAACCUGAAAGAGAAUGUAACGAUUACCCUGAGGAACACUGAACCUGUUUCGGGUAAUUAUACACCAUCCUGUGUAUUUUGGGACUUUCAUCUAAAUGGGGGUUUAGGUGGCUGGAGUUCUGAGGGCUGCACUGUGCUGAACAGCACUGAGAAUGAGACAGUCUGCGCCUGUAACCAUCUCACCAGCUUCGGUGUGCUGCUGGACAUUUCUGGAGAGGGAAUAACAAAUCGUCUGCAGGCCACCAUCCUGACCUACAUCACCUAUAUCGGCUGUGGCAUCUCUGCUAUUUUCCUCUCCAUUACUCUGCUCACCUACCUGUCCUUUGAAAAACUGCGUAAGGAUAUCCCCUCCAAGAUCCUGAUCCAGCUGUGCUUUGCUUUGCUGCUGCUAAACCUGGUGUUCCUGUUAGACUCGUGGUUGGCCCUGUACCCUGAUGCUGUGGGUCUCUGCAUCUCAACAGCCUUCUUCCUGCAUUACUUCCUGUUGGCGUCUUUCACCUGGAUGGCCCUGGAAGCUGUCCAAAUGUACUUUGCUCUCGUCAAAGUUUUCAACACAUACAUUUCCCGAUUUAUGCUCAAAUUAGGACUCGCUGGUUGGGGCAUUCCUUUAGUAGUGGUCAUCAUAGUCAUAGCCAUCGAUAAAAACAAUUACGGACUUGUGUCCUAUGGGAAGUUUGAAGAUGGAACCACAGAUGAAUUCUGUUGGUUGAAGAACAGCGUUGCUUUCUACGUUGCAGUGGUGGCUUAUUUCUGUGUUGUGUUCCUGCUGAACCUCAGCAUGUUCAUCGUGGUUAUGGUUCAACUUUGUCGCAUUAAGCGGCAGAACCCUCAUAAUGUCCAGAACCGAAGUGGCUUUCAGGACCUGCGGAGUGUGGCGGGGCUCACUGUGCUUCUGGGCCUCACCUGGGGAUUUGCUUUCUUUGCCUGGGGUCCUGUGAACCUGGCCUUCAUGUAUCUCUUCGCCAUCUUUAACUCACUGCAGGGGUUUUUUAUCUUUGUGUUCCACUGUGCUGUGAAGGAAAAUGUUAGGAGACAGUGGAGGAUAUACCUGUGCUGUGGAAAAUUCAGGCUUGCAGAGAACUCUGACUGGAGUCACACUGCAACUCAGAAGACGAAGAAGUCCUCUGUGAACAGGAUCGGCUCUUCAUCAGUAAAAUCAUCCAAUUCUAAUAAUCUGUCCAGCUCCACAACCUUCCUCGUCAGCAACAGCCCAGGAUCAGGGUCAAGAUCAGGAUCAGAGAGGUCACUAGGAAUCAGCAGUCCGUUUGAUGACAGAACGAUCACAGCGCAGGAGGACACCAGCUCAGACGUAGUACUGAAUGAAAUCCAUCAGAGAUACCGAGACCAGAGAUCCUACUGACAGCAGCAGAACACAAAGUGUUAUUUAUGAUGUAAAUGUUUUGUUCUGUACAUUUUGUACAUAAUGUACAUAUGCCAGUUAUUAAGAUCAUAUAUAUUAAUAUAUAUUUUCUUUUGUACUUCUUAAUACUAAAUACUUUAAUUUUAAGUGUCUAUUUUAAGACUCUUAACUCUUACAGAAGUUAAAUAACAGAGACAUUAUUUUAUGAAAAUGACAAAAGACUGAUUAUGAAGCUUUUUAUGAAUUAUUAAAUUAUUUGUUUCUUUUGCACCGCUAAAAUCAUUUCACUGUUGGAAUACUUUUUCUUGUUCUUGAUUCUGACUUAUAGCUUCACUUAGUUUUUCAUUUCACUGUGGAACAAAUUAAAGUAUUCAAUAAACAAUAAAUAAGAAUAAAUAAAUAAA